UGUAGAUACAGAAUAGAUUACCAUAUAGAUAUAGUUUGCUCGAAUAAUCAAUAGCUAGUUCGUGCUUUAUUGACAUUCAUUCACAUUGUCUUAUCAUUUCUUGAAUGAAAUCUUUUAAAUAAAUUAUUUCUAUCAUAAACAAUCAUCAUUUGUCCAAUUUAUCCAUCAUUUCUUUUAGUGAAUUAUCGUGAAUAAAUAAUAAGUACUCUAGUUUUAUCAUUAAGCCGAAAAAUUUCAUAUUUAUUAUAUAAUUCAUGAGAUUUUUCCGAUUUUCCUUUCGUUAAAGAAUGCUCGGUGGAAUUAUUCGCAGUUGUCGCUAUUCCGUUCAAUCAUCUUUACAGAACAGUGUAGCAGGAAGCAACUCGUCUUGUAUCACAUUAAAUUUAAUUCGAAAUUUUUCCAAAAAAAUGGGUUUGCCACGAGUUUUCUUCGAUUUAAAUGCUGAUGGACAGCCCGUUGGAAGACUUGUUAUCGAGCUCCGUACAGAUGUCGUUCCAAAAACUUGUGAGAACUUCCGUGCUUUGUGCACAGGCGAAAAAGGAUACGGAUAUAAGGGUUCAACAUUCCACCGUGUAAUCCCAAACUUCAUGUGUCAAGGAGGUGAUUUCACCAACCACAAUGGCACUGGAGGAAAAUCAAUCUAUGGCAAUAAGUUUGAGGACGAGAAUUUCACAUUGAAGCACACCGGACCAGGAGCCAUGUCGAUGGCUAAUGCUGGACCAAACACAAAUGGUUCCCAGUUCUUCAUUACAACCGUUAAGACAUCCUGGUUGGAUAAUCGUCAUGUCGUUUUCGGCGCAGUUGUUGAGGGAAUGGAUGUUGUCAAGAAGGUUGAAUCAUACGGAACACAAUCCGGUAAACCAACAAAGAACAUUACGAUUGCUAAUUGUGGUCAACUUUAAAUUACACAAAACAUUAAAUAACAAUCCAUUCACAAAUCCCCUUCUAUUCUUAAAACUCAAAUUUUGUUUUCUAUGCCACACUCAACAUUAAUUAUUUCAUUAACCUGAUAAUAAUCAUUGAAUGUGCAUUUUUAUGAAUUAAAAAGAAAAAAGAUAAUUUCUGGAAUCAAGUACAUCUAUAUCUCAUAUGAAAUACAGAACAAGAAUAAUAAUAAUAAUAAAUUGAGACUGGCAAUUUGUAAAGUUGACUCCUAAUAUCCUCUCCUUACCUUACUACAUUUCUUUCUUGUUAAGACUAAUUUUUAUUUGAAUGCAUAGUAUCUUUGGCGAUGAGUUGAAAGAAACUCGUGAAUUUUUUUGGUGAGAGAAUAAUGUGGUAACUGGCAUUUAAUCUUUCAAUUUUUUAGUUGACAUAAUAAAAAUAAAAUAAUUUCAACAAAACAACACAA